AGGCGGCGGCGAUGCUGGUGGCAGGCAAGGGAGGCGCCUCCUCCCCAUUGGAUGAAGGCGCCUUUGCGGGGCUUGAGGGGACGUCAGUUGACUUGGGAGGGCGCAUAGUGUAGCAGGCUGUCCUCUGCUGUUCCUUGUAAACAGUCUGAGCAGCUCCUUUUGCAGAGCAGCGGCAAGGAUGCCUUGCCCAGCCUAAACCCCUGGUCCCGCCUCUCUUGGGGGAAUCCCAAAAGCAAAGAAGGUAUUUGAGAUGAAGGCUCCUCUUGUAGCACUGGUUUUGAUGCCCUUCUGGGUCACAGUGCAUAAAUCAGAAGAAAUUCUUCAGAAUAAGAGAGGAGUUAACAUUUCAAAAGAGGAGACCUUGAACAAGAGUAAAAGAUUAACAGUUCAAGAUUCAUUUUCAUCAGAAGUGGAAGAGGAGGUGGAAAGAAAGGACAAAGGUCGUCAGUUUUAUCAGAGAAGCCUCAAAAUACUUAAGCAUUCCAAAAACAAAGAAGAUACAGAAAAAGCCCACCGGCUCCUUGUCAAAGCAGCAAAAAUGGGAAACCAGAAAGCUAUGGAGCAACUGGCAUCUGACAUGUUGUUUGGAAAUAAUGUUCCUCAAAAUGUAGAAGCAGCUGUAUCAUUGUAUGAGAUUUUAGCUGACGAAGGAUCUCAUAAAGGCCAGACGGCAUUAGGUUUCUUGUCUUCAUAUGGAAUAGGAGUGGAAUACAGUCAAUCAAAGGCACUUGUUUACUACACAUUCGCAAGUAAUGGGGGAAAUCUUAUAUCCCAGAUGAUCUUGGGCUAUCGUUACUGGUUAGGAAUCAAUGUUCCAAGGAGCUGUGAAGCAGCACUUAUUUAUUACAAGAAAGUUGCAGAUUACAUUGCAAGCAAAUUAGAAGAAAAUGAAGAUAAGCCAGUUGAAAAAGUGAAGCUGAUGGAAAGAUCAGAAAAUCUGGGUUUUGAUACAGAAAUCUUGGACUGGGAUGUACAUCAGUACUACAAGUUUUUGGCUGAAAGAGGAGACACACAGAUACAAGUGUAUCUAGGACAGCUGCAUCUCUUCGGAAGGAAAGGACUCGAGAGAGAUCAUGCUAAAGCCUUCUACUAUUUCCUAAAGGCAGCGAAUGCAGGGAAUGCACAUGGUAUGGCAUUCCUGGGAAAGAUGUAUUUAGAAGGAAGUGCUACAGUGCCUCAGAGUAACAUUGCAGCUUUGAAGUAUUUCAAAAUGGCAGCAGAGAAGGGCAAUUCCAUUGGACUAUGGGGGCUUGGACUUAUUUAUUUACGUGGUAAAGGUCUUCCACGGAAUCACAGUGAAGCUUUUAAAUACUUUCAUAAAGCAGCAGAGAAAGGAUAUGCCCAGGCCCAAUUUCAGCUGGGCCUUAUGUAUCACAAUGGCUCUGGAGUCAAGAGAGAUUACAAACUUGCCUUCCAUUAUUUUUACUUGGCAUCUCAAAACGGGCAACCCCUUGCUGUUUAUCACUUGGCUGAAAUGUACGCUACGGGAAUGGGAGCUUUCAGGUCAUGCCAGAAUGCUGUUAAACUUUACAGAACCGUAUGUGAACUGGGGAGAUGGUCAGACAAAUUCCUGACAGCACACUUUGCUUACCAGACUGGCAAUGUUGAAUCAUCUCUUGUUCAAUAUGCACUUCUAGCAGAAAUGGGCUAUGAAGUAGCUCAGUGCAAUUCAGCUCACAUUAUGGAAUCUGAAAAUGUUAAAUUUCUCCACCGAGAGCAGAUAUAUUCAUUGGCUCUUCUUUUAUGGAAGCGGGCUGCAAAUCAAGGCAAUAUAUUUGCCAGAGUUAAAACGGGAGAUUAUCACUUCUAUGGUUUUGGAAUAAAGAGAGAUUACUUGACAGCUGCGGUUCAUUACAACCUUGCUGCUAAUCAACAGAGUGCUCAAGCCAUGUUCAAUCUGGCAUAUAUGUAUGAAUAUGGUUUAGGCAUUCCUAAGUAUAUUAGGAACAAUGAAAACACUGAAGAUGUUCUUCGACUGCGACAGCAGGAUAACGAGCACAGCUCAGAAAAGCUAAAGAACUGAGAAGUCAGUAGAUGAUGAGAAUUUCCACCAUUAUUAAUGGACUAUAAAACUACAAUUGGUGGAAUAUAUUUGUCUUAUUUAACAUGUGGAACUACAAAUGACCCAGUGGCUUAGCUCCACAUUAUUCAUGCCAUGCACAAGUGUAAAGUGGUUCUGCACCCUGAAUGCAAAAAUAUUUCCCCCCAGAAGACAGUGUUUGGUUUUGCUCAGAGAGAUGCUGUUGGAAGGGGUUGCUGACAAACAUCUAUGCAAAAAGAGAUCACUACCUGCAGUGCUUUGCAUCUUGAGAUAUGCUUUUAAACUACCUUUGAGGAAAUAGUGAUUCUUUUCCUUGCUAGUUUUCUAGGCUGACUGAUGCUUACAAUAUAGUAAAUCACCCCAACGCUUUAUGCUAAAGCAUGCAAACUAUGCAUACAAGCAAGAAUUCUGAUUCAGUCAACAGAAUUUUGGCGAUCUUGAUUGGCCCUUAUCAUAUCAAUCAAAAUGAUUUUGAGAGCGCCACAAUGACAUUGCUACUGGAAGGUGUCUUAACCAUAGAUAUUUCAUAAAGCCCUUGCAAAUUUUAGAAAUGACUUUCUAU